AUGCCCGCCGCCGUCGCGCCGGCUGCGCAGCCGGCCCAAGGUGCGUUCGUCGUCAUACCGCCUCCGCCCGCCGCACCAGCUCCGCCCGCGCCUACUUACCUCCCGCCAAUUGCUCAGGUACUCGCUGGUCUUCCUAACCCACCGUACAACAUCGUGCUGCCUCCGAUCGUUGCACACCAGCCUCCGCCCGCCGCUAUACACCUCCCACCAAUCAUCCAGGUACUCGCUGGUUUCCCUAACCCGCCGUACGACAUCGUGUUGCCUCCGAUCGUCGCACAUCAGCCUCCAGUCGUCACAAACCAGCCGGCAACAAUGCAGAACCCCAGGAUGCAGCUGGGCUUCAUCAUGAUGUAGCGACCCGUGGUCUCUUAUCCGACAUAGCGCAGAGAAGUAGUUCUGAACUUGUCUUGAAAUGUGUAAAGUAGUCAGCCCUUGUCUAUCGAUUCUUUGUUGCGUACCUCGGGACGAUUAGCCUUCAGCUAAGUGUGAGUUGGAGCUCGUAGCUGAGAUAA